AUGCACCGGUCUACUUCCGGUUAUGUCGUGUUCUUGGUCGCCAACCUCGUCUCCUGGGCCGCCAAGCGGCAGCCCAUCAUCUCCCUCUCCAGCGCGGAGACCGAGUACUGUGUUGUGGCCAAAGACGUGGGUGAGGCCUCUUGGCUAUGCCAGCUUCUCCAUGAGAUGCACAACCCUCUCCAGCGCACCAAUCUCAUCUACUGUGACAACGUCAACACGUACAUGAAUCGGUUCAGUUUUUUGAAUCAGUUUGUUGUGGCGCCUAGGCAGGUGCAACCAGCAACGUCGCCCAAGGUGCUAGUGGAGGUUGUCGUAGAGGUGCCUGAUAUGUUUUCAGAACUGGAGAAGCACAUUGAAGACAUGCAUGUCCUGAUUACCACCCCAUUCCACCCAGCUUAUGUCACUGCAGAGAGGAUAAAGAAGGCGAAGAAUCUUGAGCUUCUUCUCACGGCAGGAAUCGGCUCCGAUCAUAUUGAUCUUCCAGCAGCUGCUGCUGCGGGCUUAACUGUGGCUGAGGUCACUGGAAGCAACACUGUCUCUGUGGCAGAAGAUGAGCUCUUGCGCAUUCUGAUUCUGCUCAGGAACUUCUUGCCUGGGUACCAACAGGUAGUUCAAGGCGAAUGGAACGUAGCAGGCAUUGCCCACAGAGCUUAUGAUCUUGAAGGAAAAACUGUUGGGACUGUUGGAGCUGGUCGUAUUGGCAGGCUCUUGCUUCAGCGUCUUAAGCCCUUUAACUGCAACCUACUUUACCAUGACAGACUUCAGAUUGACCCAGAGCUUGAGAAAGAAAUUGGGGCCAAAUUUGAGGAGGACCUGGAUGCUAUGCUUCCAAAGUUUGAUGUGAUUGUGAUCAACACACCUCUUACGGAGAAAACAAGAGGCAUGUUUAACAAAGAGAGGAUUGCAAAGAUGAAGAAAGGUGUAAUUGUUGUGAAUAAUGCUCGAGGAGCAAUCAUGGAUGCUCGAGCAGUCGUAGAUGCAUGUUCUAGCGGUCACAUUGCUGGAUAUGGUGGUGAUGUGUGGUUCCCACAGCCAGCACCAAAGGAUCACCCCUGGCGCUACAUGCCUAACCAUGCCAUGACCCCUCACAUCUCUAGGACUACAAUUGAUGCGCAGGUGCGGUAUGCGGAUGGUGUGAGGGACAUGCUGGAUAGGUAUUUCAAGGGCGAGGACUUCCCGGUGCAGAACUACAUCGUCAAGGAAGGCCAGCUCGCCAGUCAGUACAAGUGACCGCGCGAGAUGUUGCUGUGCUGUGUAGGCUUUUCUGGUGAGAAGCUGCGAGGAAGAAACUCAUGUUGCGUACUUGCGUUAUUGUAUGAGUAGCUCUGAGAAAUCUGUCAGUGGCCACCUGUAAUAAAAGAAUGCCUUGCUGGUAUCUCAGCGUGGAUAUCAAUAAGUCCCUUUUUUUCCUUCUUUGUCAUUGAACUGCAUGCACUGUCUUUUUUCGGCUGUGACAACGCAAAUGGUAACGAACUGCAUGCGCUAUGCCAUUUGUCACAUGUUUGGUUCAACACGCACAUGGUAAUGAAAUCA